UGGCGGCGUCGUUGCGAGAAAAAGAAUUCAACGUUGAUAUUUUUACUAUUUUAAAUCAUCAAAAUGAACACGAUGGUAAUAAUAAAAAGGAAGAUAUGGAUGCUGGAGUCAAUGCAAAAGAAAUGUACAAGCUUAAAUUUGAAGGUCUUGUGCGAAUUUGUUUUUUUUAGCUUGCUUUUUCUGUUUGCUAGCUAGCUAGCAGCUAGAGCUACAUAUCCUAGCCAUAAUAGCUAGCUGUGAGCCCUUAUCCUCCUUAUUCCACGAUAUCUAAUCAGCUGCAAUGUGACAUGGUUACAGCCCUUUUUAGCUGGUCAGCUGACUAGCUAUGCUAUAUAGAUGAGUUCCAGCAGUGUGACGUCAUUUGUUUACUUUUUGGCGGUAAAGCUCUAGGGCUCUGGCAUUCAGAGCUUGCUGAAGAGAGGUUUUUUCCUGUGCAUUUCUUCUCGCGGAAACGUCAUUGAGGUUUUCAACUACUAUCGAGUGUAGAUUGAUGCCUUCUGAUUGAAUAAAAAUAACCUCGCUUCACCUAGCGUCCCCAUCCUUUUUCCUGCCACCCAAAUGGAAAGCCAAAGAACUUCCUGCUGAAAAUGUAAGCAAUGGAAUUCAUCUAGCUAUAGCUAUAUCAUCAGUCAAAGGCUUGACUGUUCUGCAUCAGCCAGAGGACAUAUCCCCAGUAGUAUAUUGAUUUAGGGGCCUUCAAAAAUUUAUCUUGGGCCCCAUUAACAAGAUUUUGUCCGUUAAGGUCUUCACCUCUUAACGGAUCCUCCCCCAAAAAACUGAAAUGAUUCGCUGGUUUACGACAAUAUGCUCUUCCUACUACCUCGUGAUGUUGAGACUGUGCUGCCAUCUUGAUGCCUUCUAAAACAUUUUGGGGUUGAUUAUAAUGCUCUGACAUUUUCAGUCAAGUUAUAGAACAAUAAAAAAUGGUUUUUAAUGGACAAUAUCCUAUUAUCAGGGCCCAAAAUAUUUUUAGAAGGCCCCUUUGCUAAAGCGCAGGUACCAAUAGGUAGUAGCUAUAGCUAGCUAGCUAUAGCUAUGCUGAUAGUUGUGGAAGUCAUUUUUGAAGCAGUCUGUUUUGCAGGGAAUUAAUCAAAUUUAAAACAUAUAUAGCUAUACCUUCCGCUCCCAAAUAAGUUAAUCUCAAAACGUUCAUAACAUUAUUACUACUGAACAAAAAAUCAUUUGUUUCGCAAAUCAAAUUGUAAAAACUAGAAAUUUAACCUUAAAGAUAGUGUGUUUCCCAACUUCGUUCAGUUCUCCACCAUAUCGAAAUGGUUAUAUACUUGUUCAAACUUAUUUAGGAUAUAUAUAUUUAUAUAUACUCCAAUUGUGACCAAUUUUGACGAUGUUACUACGUUGCUCAGGGGUGCGCUACAUAUAUGAAAAAUCGGAGCUAUAGGGGUUUUAAACACGCUAUAUAUGCCCCUGUAUAUGCUUUUAGUAACUUUAUUUCAGAUUUAGCAUUAAAUCCAACGACAAAACCUGAAAUGUUACUGGCGUUGACAAAAAACUUCCCUAUGAGUCCCCUAUUAAAAUUUCCCUAUGACUCCCCUAUUAAAAUUUCAUCAUUUUCCGACGAGGAACAAAGUGAGGUCAAAAUUACUUUGAUGUUUGCCGCUUUUCACUCUAGCUCUUUUUCAAGAUAGUGAUCGAAUUUGCAUUCAAGUUUUAUUUUUUAUAUGCUCUCUUAUAAAUGCAAAUGGGAAAAAGGGAUAUAUUUUCUUAAACUAUGUUAUAAGUAAAGUCAAUGAGCUAUAUCAGGACAAGAUAGAGAAACUAUCACAAGAACAAAUUCACCAUUAAUAAUCAUGAAAUGAUGGUCUUUUUAAUAUUUCAGAAUAAAUUGCAUAGGUCUAACAGCUAAUUAAGAAAUUACUAAUUAUAACCUGAGAAAAUUAAAUGCAGUCUCAAAGAAAUACUUAAUUUCUAAUUUUACUAGGCAGAGUGGUUGCUGUACUUGGACAUUGAAGUGCUAUAUUUAGACUCUGUUGGCUGCUUUUUCCCCUUAUUCUUUUAGAUACUUGGCUUGAACGUUUGUUGAACUCAGUGGAUAACUAUUUCGUACUUUAAAAGACAAUGUUUGGAAUCAUAUCAGGUGCACAGUUGCUCCAGUUUUAAGUGGAAAAUCUCAAAGGAAAAGAAAGGUUCUGAAAAAAGUAAAGGAGGGUAUUCAGAAAAAAGUGGAGAAAAUGUUUGAAACUGACGUAGAUGGAAGUGAGACGAUCAAACAUAUUGAGAGUGACCUAUACGAACGAUUUCAGGUUCGGUUGGAGUUGAUAAAGUACAUGAAAGGACAAGAGGGAAGUGAAUCUGUUGUCAGCGGCUGCUAUCCCUUACCGGAAAGAAAUAAACUUGAUGGACAAGAUGAAUGUGAUGCCGAUAGUCAAGAAACAAAAAGCUCUGAAACUGAUGAACUUUCCAAUGAUGUCCCACUAAGAAAGAAGAAAAAAUGGUCGUACAUGCCUACAAAACAAGACGAACUGGUAGAAAAACUGGAUGGCGCCAAUAAGCGGUUGACGAGACUAGAAAAUUUAACAUCAACAUUGAGCUAUCGGAUCCACGAAUUGAAAGAAAAAAAUGCGUCGCUGCUGCUAAGAAAUGCCGAAUUCACAAGGUUAAAGCUGGUAGAACAAUUAGGCAUGAAUCGAUCAGUACAAAUGGUUGAUGCGUCCUUGUUUGCGAGUCGCUUUCAUACAGGAGAUCCACUAUUGCAAGAGGAAACCCCUUGCAUUCUAGAUUCAGCGUUCAUUUCUACGCUGAAAAUAACAGAUUUUUGUGAAGGUGUUUUUGCUUCUACUAAAAGGGCUAUGUUCGAUGACGGAGAUACUGUGAUAUUGAAAACGUUUUCAAAAGAUUGUCGUCAAAAUAACAUUAAAAAUGUUGCCCAUGUAAGUCACGAGCACCGGAUUUUGAAGUUUAUUGGUCGGCACGAAAACCUAGUGAGCAGCAUUGGAGUCGUGCAUUUCGAUCAAUCGUAUUAUUCCGUGCUUCAUUACGUUGCUGGUUAUACUCUUGAUCGCCAUUGGAAAUUGGGUUUUCCAGACAUUUCUUCAACUUCAGUUUUUAAGCGAAUUCUGACAGGCGUUGCAAGCGGAAUUAGCUUCUUGCAUAGUAAGGGUGUGUUACACAACCAUAUCGUUGCAGACAAUGUAAUUCUUCACGGACAGGAUUUGUUUCCUAUUCUGAUAGGAUUCAGUUUUGCUUGUCGUGCAACAUGUGUUAGGAACAGUUGCGUAGAUGUGAUCAAACUGUUUCCAGAUAAAGCGCAUUUAGCACCAGAGUUAUUUCAGGGUUGUCCUGUGUCGUAUAGUACGGACAUAUUUAGUUAUGGGAAACUCCUCGAUAACUAUUUGAAAAAUAUGUCUGUCAUGGAUGACAAAGCGCGAGAUAAGUUGGAAUCCUUCUCGAUACAGUGUAUGGAUUGGAGAGCGCCUCAUCGAUUACCGCACAAAUUUCUUUUCAGGAGAGUGGGCUUGCUUCUGACGGAACUAGGGUACUAGUUCCAUAAGAUUGAUAGGCAAAGAUAAAAAUAUUUUCAACUGUAAA